AUGGCACAGAUCCGAAGAUUAGACACAACAACAAUUAACAAAAUUGGUGCUGGCGAAGUGAUACAGCGUCCUUACAACGUUGUUAAAGAGCUUAUUGAAAAUUCCAUAGAUGCCAAAGCCACUACAAUCAACGUUUCUGUGAAGCAAGGUGGCUUAUCGCAGAUCUCAGUGAUAGACAAUGGUAUUGGAUUUUCUCCUGAAGACUUGAAAAUGGUAGGAGAGCGGUACAUGACAUCGAAAAACAUCGGAGGAGACACAUAUGGAUAUCGAGGGGAAGCUUUGUCGUGUAUGACUUAUUUAGCUAAAGUGACGAUAACAACGCGACAAGCAAUGAGUGAAGUAGCUUACAAAGUGGUGAUCAGUGAUGGUAAAAUACAAGGAGAUAUUCAACCAACAGCGGGGGAGGUUGGGACCAUAGUAAUAGUUGAGGAUUUAUUCAAGAAUAUGCCGAGAAAGAGAGGGAUGAAAGAAGGGGAAGAGUAUUCGCGGAUUAUAGAAGUAGUAGGGAACUAUGCGAUACAUAACGCACUCAUUUCAUUCACUUUACGAAAAAGUGGUACCGCGUCGUGUGACAUUAAAACGAAUAAUAAAUCCACUAUUCUGGCAAACAUCUCAAAAAUUCACACAAUAAGAACAGCAGAAACGUUACACCAAUUCUCCAAGCAAAAUGAAGAGCCACCAUUCUCUAUGGACCUCUUUUUGAGUGACUCGGGAUACGACGGGAAAAAGAAUAUCUUCAUCUUGUUCAUCAAUAACAGAUACGUCGAAUUUCCAGCACUUAAGAAGAUCUUCGAAAGGUCAUAUGAAGAAAAUAUACCAAAAGUGUCACAUUUUGUGUACAUGUCUGUGGAGGUCGAGAAAGAGAGAAUUGACGCAAAUGUUAAUCCGAGUAAAACAGCAGUGAGGCUGUUGGAGGAGGAAAAGGUGCUUUCUGCAAUUGACAAAUUUAUCAACGUGAAUUUGGCGCAGCUUGGACAAGUCAAAACGUUCUUCCCAACACAGGCCAAAACACAACCACUUCAAAUCAAGUUGUCUCAGCGUUUCCCGUCGAGAGUGGACGCGACAGCAAGCACAAUAACAAGUUUUCUGAAUGAUGACAGAAUUGAAGUGUUAAAGAAAACACGUCGAGACAAGAGUGGGAUUCUCUUUGAUAAGAAUGAGAUGGAUGAAGACAAUGAAAAGACGGGAGUUGAUAUUCAGAAGGAGUUAGACGAAUACAACCACGAGCGGAAAAAGGAGAAUGAAGACGUGGGCAUGAGUGCGAGUGAGUUGCAACAGUUGAGAGAAAAGGAGAAGAUGCCAGAGACAGCAGAAGAGAAACUUGAAAGGAAGAAAACGGAGAAACAACAGAAAAGUAAAAAGAAGACGACGAUGUCGAAGUUGGAUAAUUCUGUUGACACUGCGAUUUUGCAAAGACGACCGAGUGGAUAUGUGCGAAGUGGAUUAAAAAGUGUUGAAGAGUUAAGGAGGGAGUUUGAGGAAGAACAAAGUGCUGUUAACAUGUUAAUGAUAGUCAAAGAUAUGGUGUAUGUUGGGAUAGUCAAUCAAGAAUUCUUUUUGGCGCAAUCGGGAGGGAGUUUGUAUUUGGUUCAUACGUCGAGUGUGAUAUGUGAAAUGGUUUAUCAACAAAUGAUAUACACCAUUGGGAGUGGAAGUAUGUUAGUUAUCGAACCCGAAGUUUCCAUCAAAGAAUUGUUAAAGAUGACAAGGAAGGUUGGGUAUAGUGAAGAAGAAGAGAAUGUGAAAGAAGACGAAUUGAUUGAACAAAUUGUGAAACAUAAAGACAUGAUGAAGAACUACUUCAAAAUUCAUAUCAAUGAAAGAGGACAAAUAACAGGAAUGCCCGAUGUGAUGGGGGGAUACUCACCAAAUGCAUAUGGACUCACAUUCUUUGUCAAUAAACUCCGAGACAUUGAUUGGAAAGAAGAAAAGAAGUGUCUGGGAGAGAUAGCGAGAGCCGUUGGAUGGUUUUAUUCUGUUGUUGGUGGCGAUGAAACAGUCGAACAACUAUCGAUGAAAAUAGAACAUAACAUACUGCCUUAUAUCAAAAAGAUGCUUGUGCCACAAAAAGUGAUGAUGAACACAACACUCACGCAAAUAGUGGACGUUGCGAAGUUGUACCAUGUGUUUGAAAGAUGUUAA